AUGACUAAGAUCUUUCUCACGGGUGCCACAGGCUACGUCGGAGGCCAAGUCCUCCACUCCCUGCAGCAGAGUAACCCCAAAUAUGAUAUCUCUGUUCUCGUGAGAGACGCAAAGAAGGCUAGCAAUGUUUCUGCGGCGUACCCUACGGUCUGCAUUGUCCUUGCAGAUCUAGAUAACACUAAGGUCAUUGAAGACGAAGCACGUAACGCCGACAUUGUUAUUCAUGCUGCCAGCAACAAGCAUAUGAAAAGUGUCAAUGCGAUCGCGAAAGGUCUAGCAGGACGUCAUAAUGCAUACUAUAUUCAGAUCACAGGCGCUAGCGUGCUAGCAUGCCCCGAAAUUGAUAACAACUCAUAUGGCGAGCCCUCAGAUCAAGUCUUCGACGACCUCGACAACGCCGAAGGUCUGCGGGGUUUCAUUCGCUCUUACAGAAACCGCAGACCCGUGGAGAACUACAUUCUCGACUUGGGCUCUGACGGUCCCAAGACAGCCAUUAUCUUCCCUCCAAUCAUCUACGGAGCCGGAGAAGGCCCUGUCAACCAACGAAGCAUUCAAAUCCCAUCUUUGGCCAAGGCUGCGCUUCAGCAGCGUGUCGGUCUAUAUCUCGGCAAGGGACUUAGUCGUUGGGGUACUAUCCAUGUUUCUGAUCUAGGUAAAUUAUUCGCAGAUCUUGCGCAGACUGCAGCGAAGGCUACCGAGGGUCCUUUCUGGAAUGAAAAUGGUCUCUAUUUUGCGGAGAAUGGCAUCGAGAGCUUCAAGGAUGUCGCCUCAGUCAUUGCCAAGGAAGCGCAUAGCCUUGGUUAUAUAGACUCAGCUAAUUCAGUACGCUCGAUGACUCUUGAAGAGGCAAAUAAUGUUAUUCCUCAUGGAGCCGUGGUCUUGGGUACUAAUGGCCAAGGAACGGCCUCGCGGGCCAAGAAGCUGCUAGGAUGGCAGCCUACUGGGGAAGAUUUCCAGAAGGGCGUGCGAAACACCAUCAUUGCCGAGGCCGAAAAGCUUUAA